GGCCUUUUGCCAAGCGGCCGUGAUCUCAACUCAAAACGCGUGAAACACGAGAAAAUCAACUCGUUGCUUGCUGAACAACUGCUACAUCGGCCCGGUGUAACCUUCCUCUCUCCCGACUGGGACCUCUUUAUCCAGCCGAAUGGCACCAUUUCGCAUCGUGACAUGUAUGAUUAUGCCCAUCCCACGGAGGCCGGCUACUCUAAGCUGGCAGAGCCGUUGAUUGAUGAACUACAAAACCACUUGCAGACAUUUCUUAAGACCAAUGCCCCUUCUAAUAGCUUCUGUGAAUAA